GUUCUGCAGGUUGUGAAACGUGGGGCUUCUUCAGUGUCCAACUCCUGAAGCACGCACAGCCAUUUCAAUGACGGGCCCCUCUGGGGUAUGGGGGCAGCAGCACAAGCAGCCCGCCGCGUUCCCCAGGAUCCCCCCUUGAGCGGUUUUGCCGCCGGGUGACUCCAGUGAGACACCUCUCGCUGUGGCUUUCCCUAGCACCCGAGGGGGUGAAUUCCCAGCCAUUUUCCCUUCUGCACCACAGGCACUUCUUUGCCAUUUAGUGAGACAAGGCCAUAACCAGGUCUUGCGCCUACACCUGCUGGGACAUCUUCCUCUGUAUCUUAUUUCACCCUAAGGCAAGGAAAAAGAAACUUAAGAACGAGCCACAAGCUGCCUGCUGACUGCUGCUUUGAGUUUCACUUUCGUUUUUCUCAAACCAGAAGAUACCGGUCUCAGCAGAACCUUUCAGUCUCCAAACGGGCUGCUGGAUACAGGGAACAGAGCACCUACCACUACCUGUAAGCUCCCUCCAACUCUUAAAACACAGAUACAGAACAAUGGCAGUGGCAACCAGAUUGACAUGGAGUGAGCAGAAGAGUCUGGAGAAGAUGCUUGGGAAUGUGUCCUUGAGACUUCUUUAUAAGUCUAGUGUCCAUGAGAGGGACAUUCGUAGUAUGAAUGAAAAGUGCACUCGUCAGGGACCUACUGUAACAAUAAUUUAUGUUGGUAACUUUGUUUUGGGGGUCUUUAUGCUUGGGGAUCAUCCUGAAGAGCAUAACAAUUUUAAAACGGUCAAUCCCUCCUUCUAUUUUUCGUUUCAAAAGAAUGCUAUAACUGCAAUGAAAACUGCAGUUUUAGAAACAGAAACAAAAAUUAAUUCUGGACAACUGGUAUGUUAUUCUUCUGGCCAAGAGGUGUUUUCUGUACAUCCAGGUGAAAGCAGCUUUUCUGUGGAUGAUUCAUUAAGGAAUACUUUAGGCACAUAUUUGCGUUCUGGCAGCAAGUAUUCGGAAUGUGAAGUUUUUCACGUUGACGGAAUUGAGGAUGAUAUAAACUACAUAAGCAAGAUAACAGGAGCCACCAAGCACAGAGAUUCACUUCUAGUCGAACUCGGAACCUACAAGCCCUGUGUAGACUUUGUUUCAGAAAUUCGUAUUCUCUUGCUGGGUCCAAUUGGGUCUGGAAAGUCUAGUUUUAUCAAUUCAGUGAAGUCUGUUUUCCAAGGCCGUCUGACUCGCCAAGCCAGAGUGGGGUCUGAUGUCACCAGCAUUACUGAACAGUAUAGGAUAUAUCCUAUUAAAGAUGGGAGACAUGGCAAAUACCUGCCAUUUAGGUUGUGUGACUCCAUGGGCCUACAUGAGAAAGAAGGAGUUGGAUUGUGCAUGGAAGAUAUACCCUACAUCUUAAAAGGCUGCAUGCCAGACAGGUAUCAGUUGAACCCCAGUAGACCAAUUACACUCAGUCAUCCUAACUUCAUUGCCUCUCCGUCACUGAAGGACAGGAUUCACUGUGUGGCUUAUGUCCUAGAUAUCAACUCUAUCAAUGAUCUCUCCUCUAAGAUGGUGGCAAAGUUCCAACAAAUUCAGAAAGAAGUCUUGAGCUAUGAUACAGCCUGUGUACUCUUGCUUACUAAAGCAACUAAUUGCGGUGAAUUUCUUCAAGGCAAUUUUUCAAACAUGGAUAAACCUAUGACUUUCCAGAGCCGGAUAAUGGAUGCCAGCAAAAUGUUAAAUAUUCCUAUUUAUAAUACAUUCGUGGUUGAAAAUUACACAUCAGAGUGGGAGCUGGACCCUAUAAAGGACACUCAGAUCCUCUUUGUGCUGAGGCAGAUGUUACGGGUAGCAGAGGACUUCUUUGAGGACUUGCCUUGAGGAAACAGAAGGGAAGACUGGAAAAGAAUGAAAUGCUGGAGAGAAGAAAUGGACAUGAAGGAGGGAGAAUGUUUUACUUAUCUUUGGCUGAAGAUAUGAAUUUAAGCUAAUUAAAAAGAACAGAUAUUUCUUAAGGA